AUGUUCCUUUGGGUUAAAACUCUCGUGUUGCUACUUGCUUUCUUCACGGACCUCUGUUUAAGCCAGACAACACAAUUUGGCCAUCUCCCUCAUAAUUUUACCCUUGCUGCACUGAAUACCACUUUGCCAAAUGCGAAUACGACGGGGGCACCUCUAGUGUUAGGACAAAAUGGCGCUAGCAGUGGAAUAACCUUCUACGUUACAUCGACCUAUGCAUCAUUCCCAUACAACGACUACCCUGCUCUUGGACUUGUAGAUAACGGAUUACGUGCAUACAGUUCGACUGGCCGGUGGAUAACCAAUGCCACUGCAGUGACAAGCGGUGGCACUCUAGGGUGGAUCUCUACCACAAUAUACGCACACCCUGCUCCUCAGAUAUAUUCGGUUGUUCGACUGCCUGGAUAUGAGUACCCGCUUCUAGCAGCGAACGGUUUCCAUAACUUGUGGUCCCUGUGUCCAUUCUCUGGGAAUAGGCCGCAGACGAACAUAGUUUUCAACGUUACGGCAGACGUCCCGCCUCCGCCAUACCUGGGCUUUGACCCAUCUCUUUGUUACGAUGUAGUCAUAACUAUGAUCCCCAUUGAAGACCAUGAAGACCAUGAAGGGUGGUAA